AUGGAGCAUGCUACGAUCGGGGUUCGAGAGCCGUCGUCUCGGCCACUACAUCCACCAAGACAACGUUCAGAUAGCAGACAUCUACGAAUAAUACAAGAGUUAGGCUGUAGCUUACAACGUGACGGACAAACUGUUCCUCAUGAUGAGAUAGCCACAGCAGCGUACUUGGCAAGACCUGACACGAAAGGCGGUAUCUGCUUCAUCCUUCAACAGCCAGCCGACCACCAUCCGUACCACCUAGGUGCAGACUCAGUCAUAGAGUCAUCACCUACACUUCGAGCCCUUCUCAUAGAAAUCUGGCCAAUCGUCUCCUGUGGCGCACCCAGCCCUACUGUCUUGGAUAGAUUACCGUUUGUCAGGUCUUACGAGGAGCCUGAUCUUGAUAUCAAGCAUCACAUCCAGGAGCGAACCUUUGCGAUGAUUGAGGCAAAAUGUCCGGAUGUUGUUGUAUGCAUGUGGCGCUACAAGCGGGGAAACGGUAUAGCGCAAGAGGACAGAACGGGGAAUAUAGCUGCUGUAGAAGGUCUUGGAGUCGGUCAAGUGUUUGGACGCCCCACUCAUGUAAUGGCAUCAGGCCAUAGAAUCGUGCGCGUUAACGCCUUCCAUCCAAGUUUCGCUAUGAACUAUAACCCCGAUCUAAGCUGCCUGAGGCAGUUACUUAUCCUGGAAAUAGCGCAAGCGUGCGGUCUGUACCGUGGAGACUGGCUGAACAAGAGGUGGAUGGAUGAGUUGCGAGAGCGUUGCAAAAGCAUCACCCGAGAAAGAUCAAGAGCUCAAGAGAUGGACUUGACUCAGCUCGCUAUUGAGUACAAACGAAAUUUGGAGUCGAUCGCAGCUUUCAUUGAAUCACAGAUCGAAACCUCACACAGCCAUGACCCUGCAAUUCGCUAUCGAUACCUUGUUGGAAUGAAUGUUACGGAAUCAUUUAACACUGCAAGUCUCUGCAUAAGGGCCAUACAUUGUAUGAAGGAAAGUAUUGAUCCUGAUGAUAUGGGCAAGACCAGGUCGGAAGCCUUCGAGAAUUCAAGUAGAUACACUGUAGCCUUCGUUCGUCAGCUGGUUAAAGUUCUCCUAAUUGGUGUAGAACCGGAUCGAAACACAAGUAUAAGUUGUAUGGGUCUGUAUGGUGAAUCCGUUAUUGAUGCUGGCCUUAGGGCGAGACAACAAAAUUACGGCGUUACAGCCACGAAAGUACAUGAAAUUUUAGGCAAGCUGUGUCGAGGAAUGAACUCCUCUUUUACUGUAGGGCAAGGAUACCCUAAACGAACUUUUCGUUUUACGUUAUAUGAAUGGAGCAAGAUCUUGCUUUCGACAGCUCUCGAUUUCGAAAAGCUACUGAGCGAACUUGCGCCUCUUUCCGAGAAUGGAUCUCAAAGCGAUAUGGAUGGGAUUACAAAUUUUUUCGAUACAUUGUGUCUAGAUACAACAUAG